GGAAGUGUCGCAGCGGAGGCUGGGCCGCUUCGCAGGGCGGCGAGGGAAGGUCAAAUGGCGGCUCUGCUGGGCCGGCUGGCUUCUUUAAGUUCCGUGGCCGGCAGGCAACUUUUGCCUGUUCCCACAUUCAGUGCAACUGUGGUGAGAUUUGCAUCCAAAAAAAGUGGAGGCAGCACCAGAAAUCGUGGAGGGAACAGAGCUGGAAAAAGGUACGGCUUCAAAAAAUUUGAUGGACAAUUUGUUCAUGCAGGCAACAUAUUGGCCACUCAGCGUGUGUUUCGGUGGCAUCCGGGAGCUCACGUGGGGAUGGGAUACAACAAAUGGCUGUAUGCUCUUGAAGAUGGAAUUGUGAGGUUCACCAAAGAAAUCUACGUACCGCCUCCCCGUAGCAAGGAAAGCCGAGAAGUGAUCUGCCGGUUGCCCAAAGGAGCUGUGCUGUAUAAAACUUUCAUCAAUGUUGUUCCUACCGAAGAAGUGGGGAGGUUUAAGUUGAUCACCAUGAUCUGAGAGCUAGCGCUGAAUGGCUUUUGGUUAGUCCUCUGCAGCUGGGAACGAAGCAAUAUUUGCAGCAUCUACAGCAUGUCAUAGAGACAUGUUCUUAACACACACCUCUGAUGUGUGCUGCUGAAAUAAAGAUUGAUAAGUGUUUCUUUCCAAAACACAACAGUAAUA